ACGAUUCCGUUUGACUACUCACAUGUUAUCUUCGGACUUCGGAACAUGAAGCUGCGAAUUGGACGCUUGAGAUUCAAAGAGAAAAAAAAACAGAGACCAUCCUUUUCUUCUUAACCCUAGAGUCCUGCUCUCUCCCUCCCCACAGCAGCAGCCACACUACCUUUUUCUAUACUGCAUGUAGAAGGAAGAAAGAGAAGGGAAAAGAAGAAAGAAGGGGGAGGAGAUCAGGAGGAGGAAGAAGGGGGCUGGUGCCCCUCUCACCCAGCUGCUGGUCUGUGCAGCAGCAAGGGAGGAGGAGAAAGGGAGAAGGGAAGAAGAAGGGAAGGAGAAGGAGGAGAAGAAAGAGGAAAAUCCUGAGCUCUUGUCAAGUUGCUCGUGGUUGCCCUAGGUGGUGGUGCUCCUGAUCGUGUUUGAAGGUUGUCGGUUGUAUCGAAAAAAGGCAAGUAAACGUAGAGCUAUGCCACCUAAGAGGCGGAGUCAGGCUCAGGCCACAGCGAAUGAUUGUAAUGCACAACUGCUAGCGGCGAUGCAGGUGAUGCAGAAUGAGCUGAGGACGUUGAGAGAGGCUAGGAAUCAGGAUGCUCCUAUUCUGGAGCAGGGUGCUAUUGCUGCUGAAGGCCCUGCUAGUGGUGUUUCUUUAAUCCAGUGGAUUGGGAUGAAGCUGGAUCAUUUUGAUGGCAGUGGCACUCCAGUUCAGGCCGCUGAUUGGUUGUCCUACGUGGAGGACAAGAUGGAGGUCUUCGAUGUGCUGGAUCAGGACCGUAUUCGCUAUGGCACUCAGUUGCUGAAGGGUGAGGCCCAGAUCUGGUGGAAGGGAGUGCAGUCAGCUCGCACGGCUGCACAUGGAUCGUUGACUUGGCCUGAUUUUGUCAGGCAGUUCGAGAGGAGGUUCUACCCAGUGACCUUUCUGGACAAGAUGAAGAUAGACCUGCAUAGCUAUGUGCAGGGUAGGAGGACAGUGUCUGAGUAUGAGGUGGGCUUCAACCAGAUUGUUUGCUUUGUUUCGCAUGUGGCUCAUGAUGAGGCAGAGAAGGCGAGGCAGUUCCGCCAGGGCCUCAAACCUUCAAUCCGCCACACUUUGGGUGCUUUUCCGGUGGUGGACUUCCGCACCAUGGUCGAGUAGGCCUUGGGUGUGGAGAUGCAGGAGGUGUACACUGAGGAAGCGCGCAAGUCUGGUGGAGAUCAGACACAGGGUCAGAUUGACAGGAAGGGCCAUUCUGGUGGUCCUAUUCAUAAGAAGGGCAAGUUCCAGCAUCACCAGCCUUACCGUGGCAGUUCGGGACGUUCUCGCACUUCAGGGGGGAGUACUACACAGUACCGUGCCGUCCCUAAGCCCGGCAUGGGGAUGGUUUGUCUCCGUUGUGGAGAUGCUCACCGUAGGAGUGAGUGCCGGUGGUCCGGCAAGUGCUCUAUCUGUGGUCAGGACCACAAGGACGUGGUUUGCAGGAGGAAUGCCAAUGGCAAGCUUCGAUGGGAGUCAGUGACUUCUUCGAAUUCUGGUGGCACUGUUCAGAUGAUGGCCGUUACUCCUUCUUUGGUGCCUCUGCCCGCACUCACACCGCAGCAGUACUUGCCCGCGCUGUUCCCUCAGCAGUACCUAAUGAUGCCACCUGCUACACCGAUGGCUUCUUCGACACCUCAGCUUGGGGCAUUUCGACUGCCCCAGACUGCUACUUCUUCAGCACCGCCUACACUGUGGGGUUCUACUCCAUUUGGCUAUGCUGCUGGAGCUUCUUCUUCUGGUGCUCCCGGGGCAUAUGCUAUGCCCUCUUCGGACGGUAGAGAGCGUGGAGAUGUGGUGACAUGUACCAUUUCAGUUGAUUCUUUUGAUGCACAUGCUCUUUUUGACUCUGGCGCUAGCUUCU